UCACUACUUUUCCGGCGAUUUCGCUUUCCGGCGAUUCUCCACCUCAAGGCUUAAAGCGCACGAUUCCCAAAAAAGAUGUGGCGUAGAUCAGCUUCUUUCAUUCUCGACAAAAACCAAAACGACGUCGUAGCAAACCCUGAAAGUCACCAUCUUUCUCCUCUUUCAGUCGCCGUUUCAUCAUCUAUGGCCGAAACCCUACAACAGGAGCAGCAACCUAAUCCUGACAUUUCGGCGUAUUAUCAGACUAGAGCGGCUCAUCAUGGAGUUGUUACCAGUGACUGGCUUGCUCAGGCUCAGGCUGCUGUCGACCAACCAUCUGAAGACGCUGUAUCCUCGAACUAUUCUUCUAAGUCUGGAGAUUUGAGUGGGAAAUUUAGUGUGAUUGAUGAGUUCAAUAAUUGGCGUAAACAGCCUGAUUUGGCUGAGGCUGUUGCCGCUAUUAGGGCUUUGGCUUCGGUUAUAAGGUCCAGUGAAGCUACUACUAUGAUGGAACUUGAAAUUGAACUCAAAAAAGCUUCUGAUUCUCUCAAGUCAUGGGAUAAAACCUCCAUCUCUUUGACAGCUGGUUGUGAUUUGUUCAUGCGCUAUGUAACAAGAACUUCAGCAUUGGAAUAUGAAGACUUUAAUUCAGCCAAGUCUCGCCUUCUUGAACGUGCAGAGAAGUUUGGGGAAAUAUCUUAUAAGGCUCGGAAGAUAAUUGCAAUGCUCAGCCAAGAAUUUAUCUUUGAUGGCUGCACCAUUUUAGUACAUGGCUUCUCCAGAGUGGUGUUUGAGGUUCUGAAAACAGCUGCUCAGAAUAGGAAGAAUUUUCGAGUUCUUUGCACUGAAGGUAGGCCAGACAGGAGUGGGUUACGAUUGUCCAACGAGCUAGCCAAGCUUGAUGUUCCUGUGAAACUCUUAAUAGAUUCUGCUGUGGCAUACAGCAUGGAUGAAGUUGACAUGGUUUUUGUUGGGGCAGACGGUGUGGUUGAAAGUGGAGGCGUUAUCAACAUGAUGGGUACCUACCAAAUUGCUUUGGUAGCUAAGAGCAUGAAUAAACCAGUCUAUGUAGCUGCUGAAAGCUACAAGUUUGCUCGUCUCUAUCCACUGGACCAAAAAGAUAUGGUUCCAGCUUUACGUCCAAUUGAUUUUGGGGUGCCAAUUCCGUCCAAGGUGGAGGUUGAAACAUCUGCUCGCGAUUAUACACCACCUCAGUAUCUUACACUACUAUUCACGGAUUUGGGCGUUCUAACACCAUCUGUAGUAAGUGAUGAGCUUAUACAGCUAUAUUUAUAGCCCCAAUGAAGUCUGAUUCUGUUGUAGGUAUUUCAACUAUUACAUGUAGGGAG